GCCACCACCGCCGCUGCCGCUGCGAUGGGAAACCGGAAGUGUCCGUGUCUGACACGGGAAUGAGAGGAAUGGGACUGAAAACAGAAAACACCAUGACGACGACGACGAUGAGGAUGAGGGCGACGAGGAGGAGAACAUCACCAACGCCACUCGCGUUGUAGAAAAACUCAAAAAAGAAAAAGUCCUCCCUCAUUUCAACUCCGGAACCAGGAUGAGUUGUAUCGCCCGGGCUGGAUACGAGGCAUCGGGAAGGGCACCGGCGUGUUGCUAAAUGGAGUCGGAGCAGCUGUACCACAGGGGCUACAGCAGGAACAGCUACAACAGCAUUGCCAGCGCCAGCAGCGACGAGGAGCUGCUGGAUGGGGCCGGCGCCAUCAUGGACUUCCACACCACCGAGGACGACAACCUGCUGGAUGGCGAUGCUGCCUCCCCAGGGUCUAACUACGUCAUGUCUAACGGGGGCGGAGUCGCCAGCAGCUCCACUCACCUGCUGGACUUCCUAGAGGAGCCCAUCCCAGGUGUGGGCACCUACGACGACUUCCACACCAUCGACUGGGUGCGGGAGAAGUGCAAGGACCGCGAGCGACACAGGAAGAUCAACAGUAAGAAAAAGGAGUCGGCAUGGGAGUUCACAAAGAGCCUGUACGACGCCUGGUCUGGGUGGCUGGUGGUGACACUCACCGGCUUGGCCUCAGGUGCUUUGGCUGGCCUUAUUGACAUUGCUGCUGAUUGGCUGAACGACCUGAAGGAGGGCGUGUGUCUGAGCGCCAUGUGGUUCAACCACGAGCAGUGCUGCUGGACGUCCAAUGAGACCACCUUCGCUGAGCGGGACAAGUGUCCUCAGUGGAAGAGCUGGGCUGAGCUAAUACUGGGGCAGGCCGAGGGACCCGGCUCGUACAUCAUGAACUACUUCAUGUACAUCUACUGGGCCCUGUCCUUCGCCUUCCUGGCCGUCUGUCUGGUGAAGGUGUUCGCUCCCUACGCCUGCGGCUCCGGAAUCCCUGAGAUCAAAACCAUCCUGAGCGGGUUCAUCAUCCGGGGCUACCUGGGCAAGUGGACGCUGAUGAUCAAGACCAUCACGCUGGUGCUGGCGGUGGCGUCCGGCCUCAGCCUGGGGAAAGAGGGGCCCCUGGUCCACGUGGCCUGCUGCUGCGGGAACAUCUUCUCCUACCUCUUCCCCAAGUACAGCAAGAACGAGGCCAAGAAGCGAGAGGUUCUCUCUGCUGCGUCGGCGGCUGGCGUGUCUGUGGCUUUUGGAGCCCCGAUAGGAGGAGUUCUCUUCAGCUUGGAGGAGGUGAGCUACUACUUCCCUCUCAAGACGCUGUGGCGCUCCUUCUUCGCCGCCCUGGUGGCGGCCUUCGUCCUGCGCUCCAUCAACCCGUUCGGCAACAGCCGCCUGGUGCUGUUCUACGUAGAGUACCACACGCCGUGGUACCUGUUUGAGCUCAUCCCCUUCAUCCUGCUGGGGGUCUUCGGGGGCCUGUGGGGAGCCUUCUUCAUCCGGGCCAACAUCGCCUGGUGCCGGCGACGCAAGUCGACGCGAUUCGGAAAGUACCCGGUGUUGGAGGUGAUCCUUGUGGCCGCCAUCACCGCCGUGGUCGCCUUCCCGAACCCGUACACGCGCCAGAACACCAGCGAGCUGAUCAAGGAGCUGUUCACCGAUUGCGGCCCGCUGGAGUCGUCGCAGCUCUGCCAGUACCGCAGCCAGAUGAACGGCAGCAAGGCCUUCACCGACAACCCCAACCGGCCGGCGGGGCCCGGCGUCUACGCCGCCAUGUGGCAGCUGUGCCUGGCGCUCAUCUUCAAAAUCAUCAUGACCAUCUUCACGUUUGGACUCAAGGUGCCGUCGGGACUGUUCAUCCCCAGCAUGGCCAUCGGGGCAAUCGCGGGGCGAAUCGUCGGCAUCGCCGUGGAGCAGCUGGCCUAUUACCACCACGACUGGUUCAUGUUCAGAGAGUGGUGUGAGGUGGGGGCCGACUGCGUCACCCCGGGGCUCUAUGCCAUGGUGGGGGCCGCGGCGUGUCUGGGCGGUGUGACCCGAAUGACUGUCUCCCUGGUCGUCAUCGUCUUCGAGUUGACCGGUGGGCUUGAGUACAUCGUCCCGCUAAUGGCGGCCGUCAUGACCAGCAAAUGGGUGGGCGACGCGUUCGGCCGCGAGGGGAUCUACGAGGCCCACAUUCGCCUGAACGGUUACCCCUUCCUGGACGCCAAGGAGGAGUUCACGCACAUCACGCUGGCCCGGGAGGUGAUGAGGCCGCGGCGCAGCGACCCGCCGCUGGCCGUGCUGACGCAGGACGACUUGACGGUGGAGGAGCUGCAGGGCGUCAUCAACGAAACCAGUUACAACGGUUUCCCCGUGAUAGUGUCCAAGGAGUCACAGAGGCUGGUGGGCUUUGCCCUGCGAAGGGACAUCACCAUCGCCAUUGAAAACGCCCGUCGCAAGCAGGAAGGCAUCAUGCUGAACUCCAGGGUGUACUUCACGCAGCACGCGCCCACCCUGCCGGCCGACAGCCCCCGGCCCCUCAAGCUGCGCUCCAUCCUGGACAUGAGCCCCUUCACCGUCACCGACCACACGCCCAUGGAGAUCGUGGUGGACAUCUUCCGAAAGCUCGGGCUGCGCCAGUGCCUCGUCACUCACAACGGGAUUGUGUUGGGCAUCAUCACAAAGAAGAAUAUAUUAGAGCAUCUGGAGGAGCUCAAGCAGCACACGGAGCCCCUGGCGGCUGCUUGGUAUCGUCACAAAAAAAGACAUCCUUCGUCACAUGGCUCAAAUGGCAAACCUGGAUCCCGAGUCCAUUAUGUUCAACUGAUCUGCUCCUUCCAGGGAGGCUUCGUGAACGACGACGGCGAAGACGAGGAGGAGGAGCAGCGUCUCCUGGACGACUGCGACCUCUGACAUUUGCAUCCUGUUUUUGUUUUUGUUGUUGUUCUUGUUUUUUUGAGCUCUGAACCUCGUGGCCCCCAGUGACUGACCAGAAAGACAAUGAUGAGAGAAGAGAAAAAAGACUUGUUAUCGCUGCGGCUGCUGAGGUCACAUGGAGGUCACAGAUUGAAAGUGCGCAUACACAACACACACACACACACACACACACACACACACGAAGAAUGCACUUUUUUACACUCACACACAUAAAAAAAACACACACUCUUGCACUUGCAGUCACCUCAAACAUGCAUGCUCUCUCUCCACACACUCCCUAACCUGUAAACAGAUCACCCAGUUGCCCUCGUCGUGUGCCUCACCCUUGUCCCCGUCUCUGCUGAGGGGCGACGCCUGGCUGGGGUCAGAGGUCAGAAUGAACCGCCGAUUUGGGGGGGGGGGACGACGCGAUGAGCGACCUUGAACAAACCUCCAGGCUUAAAAAAAAAUCGCUAUCCUCUCCUCACCCGUCCGUCCUCCAGAAAAAAUAAAUUGUUUACCUGUGAAUUAAGUGUGUGUGAAAAUAUGUGUCCACUACAUUCCAGUCAGGUUAAGGUGGUAGCUGAGAUGAGGCUUUAAUGAGCGUGAGUGUGAGUGUGAGGUAGAUGGCUACUGUAUUUGUGAGUGUUUUCAUUUCUGAGCCAGCUUGAACUGUGUGUGUGUGUGUGUGUGUGUGUGUGUGUGUGUGUGUGUGUGUGUGUGUGUGUGUGUGUGUGUGUGUGUGUGUGUGUGUGUGUGUGUGUGUGUGUGUGUGUGUGUGUGUGUGUGUGUGGACAAGCGCGCGCUUGUCCCGUCCAUUCAUUCAAAGCGAGGCGGGGGGAGAAACAUUGUCCAGGUUGGGUCGAGUUCUGGACUCUUGUAACAGGAAUAAAAAUACAAAAAGCAAAA